AUGGCUGCCGUCGCCUCGCCCGCCGUUCCCGUGCGCCUAAGCGUGGGGGGUGUAAACGCUGCCGCGCUUUCUGCCUCAGCGCAGCGCGUCGACUUUCCAGUCUCCUUCCGCGAUUCCCCGCGCGUUUCGUCUCCCGCGUGCACUAGGCGCGCCAGACCUCUCGACAAGAGGCAUUCAUUGUCCCUUUCGCGGCGUUUUCACGUAGUGCGCACACGAGCAGCUGGAGACAAUGACGAGACCUCUAAUUUAAAUUCGAGUUCCGCAAGUUCCGAAUCCGCAGAUCCCGCCGCAGCACCGUCCGCCAGCCGCUCAAUUAAGGCCGACGUUCCAUUGGCUGACCCCGUCGCCGCUGACGAAACUGCACAGCAACUUCAGGCUGUGAAGCAGCAGCAGCAGCAAGAGCAAUCGGGCGAAGCUUCCCAGCAGCAGCAGCAGCUGUCGCUUGAAGACGUGAACCCUGUGGAUCUCGGCCGUCGAUCCCGACAGUUUCUCGACGAUGUGUGGCGGAGAUUGAUCCAGCUGGGCCAGAUAGCGCGUCCGGCGCCGGUGGAUGCGGAGGAUUAUACCGAGCUGGUGCGGGGUGGCUUGGACGCCGAUUUCGGUGUCCCUAGCGCUCAGUUCACGACUGUGCUUGUAGCGGGAGCGACGGGCCGCGUCGGGAAGGUGCUUGUAAGAAAGCUGCUCUUGCGCGGGUACACGGUGAAAGCCCUCGUAAGAAGCGCAGACGCUGAGACGCUCGAGCAGCUGCCACGUGCGUGCCAGGUGGCAGUCGCUGAUUUGGCCGACGAGGUGGCGCUUCAGAAGGCGGUGGAGGGGUGCAAUAAGGUCGUCUUCUGCGCCUCGGCUCGCUCCGCAAUGGCCGCUGACCUCCAACGGGUCGACCACAUGGGGGUAGUUAAUCUCUCCAAGGCAUUCCUAGACUAUAAUCACCACUUAGCGCAGCGCCGUGCCGGCCGCAGCAGCAAGAGCAAAGCCCUGGUGCUUCGACUCAGCAAAGAGCGGUUCCAGGAGGGGUGGGAGUUAGGAGAGGGACGGACUAUUAAAGACGAUAUAGACAUUCGGUACGGCGCGGGGAUGGACGCGGAGUUUAGUAUCACGGAGGACGGGAGAGGCGUGUUUUCCGGAUACGUGUUCACGCGGGGAGGGUAUGUGGAGGCGAAGAGACGGAUCAAGCUUCCAGAGGGGUUGUCGUUUGGACGCUUCGAGGGUCUGGUGUUCCGGUUCGUCUCUGAUGGCAAGCCAUACUCGCUGGUGUUGCGUGUGGCUGCUCUUCCCGUCUGUCUCCACUCAUCCCAACUCCUUCACCUCUCUCCCUUAUCCUUCUCCCAUACCCUCAGCUUCGAGGGUCUGGUGUUCCGUUUCGUGUCAGACGGCAAGCCAUACUCGCUGGUGCUGCGGGUGGCGAAGGAUGGAACGCGCGUGGAGAGAGUGGGGGAGGAUGGGGAGAGUGUGGUGGAGGAAGAGGAGGAGGUGGAGGAGGAGGAGUAUGAGUAUGUGGCUGUUGUCAAGACAAGGAAAGGGCAGAACACGAUCCGCGUCCCCUUCUCCGCCUUCCGCGCAUCAUCCCCGUCCGACCCGCCUCUUGAUCCCACUCUCAUCUCUUCCCUCGCCCUGCGAUACGAGCAGCGUCGCGCGAAACCAUCCGUGGGAGCGCCCCUGCCUCCGGGCCGGGCGGCAUCCAAGGCCGGCGCAGAAGGGGACAACGCCGCCGCCCCUGCCGACCCAAACAGCUUCAAGCUCGCUCUGCAAUACGUCAAGGCCUUUCCUGGAGGAGAGGAGACGGACUUUGUGCUGGUGUCAUGCUCGGGAGCAGGAGUGCCGGAGGAGAGGAGAGAGACAGUUGUCAAGGCCAAGAUGGCAGCAGAGACGCAUCUGCGCAACAGCGGGCUGGGGUACACCAUUGUGCGCCCAGGGCCCUUGCUGGAGGAGCCGGGAGGGAGGAAGGCUCUGGUGUUCGACCAGGGGAACAGAAUCAACCAGGGCAUCAGCUGUGCUGACGUGGCAGACGUGUGUGUGAAGGCUCUACACGAUCCGACGGCCCGUAACAAGAGCUUUGAUAUCUGCUAUGAGUAUACAGACAAUGCGGGUCUGUAUGAACUGGUGGCACAUUUACCUGAUCGAGCCAACAACUACCUCACACCUGCCCUCGCGCAGCUGGAAAAGAACACUUGA